AUGGAGCCACCCACGCACAUCCAUGGCCUUCCUGACGACAUUCUUAUUAAGAUCUUCUGGCACACUGAGCAGCCGAUUCCUAGACAAACGGGCAGCGACUGCUUGUGGGACUCAGACUCCUCGAUUCCCGCCCCAAAGUACCUCUCUGCAAACCUUUCAAACGAGAAUGCCAUUCGUCAGGAAAAGAAGACUCCGUUACCCAUUCCUCCUCCCUCUGCGGACGCGCACCGUAUUCUCCUCGUCGCGGCCGUCUGCUGUCGCUGGCGCUGUCUGACUCAGCGUUCCGUCUCCGCGCUUCUCGUCCGAGACAAUCUCGUCGUGUCUCGCCAGGCUCUCGCGAGUGCUGUCGCUGCCUUACCGAACCUGACCCAUCUUCACCUCUGCGACGGCAGCGUCGAGACUCUCGACGACGCCUUCCUCGCUCACCUCGCGUCGUCAUGUCCCAACCUCGCCAUCCUCCACGUCGGAACCAGAAUCGCGCCUGUGAAGUGUAAAGGUUAUUAUGGCCGUAUAUGCGAGAAGGACGCGCUACCUAUAACAACCGCUGGUCUGGAUUUAUUUUUCCGGCACUGCACUCGGCUAGAGCAGCUUUCACUUUACUGCCUCGACCGUUGUGUCAGAUUCCCCGCGUCCUUCUUUCAGCUGCCGCAUCUGCACACUCUCGCGCUCACACAUGCUUCCUCGCUCGAAACUCUGGGUUUUGCCAGCCUUACAUCUCUCACCACCCUGCACAUUGCCUCCAAAAAUGUCUUGGAUGAAGUGGCAAACAUCGUUCGCCGCUCACGCAUCACCACCUUCUCGGACUCAGAUGAAGCCGUGGCAUUUCACCGCGAUUCCCUCGUCUCUGCAGACUUCAACAUGGCACAGCUGCCUCUGCUCAAGCCGUCUUCCGUGGUGUUUGCCGAUUUCGACACCACGCAGCUGGGUCUGCUCAAGUCGUCAAGGCUCAGGAAGGCGGUCCCGUGUGCCGCCCUAGAACGGCUUGAGAUUGUUAUGGAGCGUCCUAGAUCCGUUACGCCGACCUUUCAACUCGCAGAGCUGAUGCCGAGGCUCCGCAAGCUGACCAUUCGCCAGAGUCUGGAGUAUGAUGACCCUAGGCCAAUUGCACUCAGCUUCGCUUCUCUAACUCUCUUGGAGAGCUUGACAUUUACAGAAUGUUACCAAAGAGACAUUUUUUGGGGUUAUUACGACCUGCCGGAGGGUAUCGGCUGCCUGCUUGCCCUGAGAACUCUCGUGCUGCACAAUCUGCCUCUCAUGGCCCUCCCGGACGCCCUCUGCCACCUGCCUUCCCUCGAGACAUUCGUCCUCAUUGGAAGCAUCUCCAGCCCGCAGGCCCUCCAGCUGCCCGCAGAUUUCUGCUGCCUCACGUCACUCCAAACCCUCGCCAUUGUGAAGAUGCCUCGGACUGGGCCUCCUGCGUCUCUGCCGCUCUCCCUCGAGGUCUUGAGUCUUGGAAACAGCUACCACGUGGCUGAUCUGCCAGACGUCUCCGUGCUGCCUUGGCUGAGAAAGCUCUCCUUGAAGCUGGUUGGUGCGGAGGAGAGGAUGGCUGUGGGCAGCAGCUUGGCGCGCGUGAAGCAGGUGGAGCUGGCGCUGCAGGAGGAGGCUGUGGAGCUGCCCUUCUCCCUUGCGCUGCUCCCCCAGCUGCACACGCUGGUCAUGUGGAACGCGGGGAAGAUGCAGCGGCUUCCAAGCGACAUGGGAUGGGCUGUGCCGCAGCUGAGGGUUCUGCAGAUCCACUGUGCGCGGGAAUUGAGGGAGCUGCCGGACAGCAUUGGCGCUGCAUCCCGCCUGCGCCAGCUGCACCUCUUUGACUGCCCCGCCCUGCACCACCUGCCUGCUUCCCUCACCCAGCUCUCAUGCCUCCACCAGCUGCAUGUGGAAAACACCGGCCUGCGCAGCCUUCCUUCAGGGAUUUCGCAAUUGACCCGGCUGCGCAGUCUUAGCUUGCAUGGCUGUCUACGGCUGCAGGGUCUGCCAGAGGGCCUCACGGAGCUGAAAAUGCUGCAGUACUUGGGAAUUAAGAACUGCAGCGCAAAGCAUGUGCGCGGGGAGUGGAACUAUGAGUGCAAUCACUGGGACGUAAAGCCGUAUGGGCUCCGGAGCAUGUACGGAUUGAAAAUAGAUGCGUAG